ACACCCACGACCACGACACACCGUCUAAACACCCACACCCUCAUACUCGAAGACACAACUGACCUCGACGAUCAAAACAAAUACCGACGCGUACCAUCGCGCCUACAUACGCACACAUACACACACCCUCUCACACACACACACACACACACACCCACCCUUGUACUGACACCUAUUUACAUCUCGCACACACAGCAUUUUGGCUGUGUCAUUAUGAUUGAUCCGAGCCACCAAUCGAAUGUUCACCGACCGUCAACAAAUCAGACGAGCCAAGUUCUUAUUUCGUUCGCAAUCGAUAAUGGGAUCGAAUCGAAACAGGCACUGUCGUCUGAUGGAACAAGUUGGAGCGGUGAUGAAGUAUUUCUGCCAUGAGUAAGGCCUGUGUGAAGACGAGAAUACCGGGACGUUGUCGGUAGCCCAUGUCAGUUUCUUUAGGUCGAAUUUUAAAAACACUUCGCUUUCCCUUUCAUUAAUCUGAAUUCUGAAUCUGAACUCUUCUGAGUUGUUCGGCGUUAUUUUAUGAAGGUGUAUUGGAAUAUAUACGUACAUACACAAGCAAUUGUCACGGGAUAAAAUAUGCAUUAAGGAAAUUCAAGAGAUUUAUUAAAACCUCUCAUGACCACGGAACUCAGAACCAGUUCGACCAGGAAACACGGCAUGGCAUCAUCGCGGCGUCUCACGAGCAACUUCCCAAGCGGGCACGACCGUUAUCAGUCUCUCCAACAGGUCAGUAGUAGGAUCCUCAGCCGAGCUGGAACACUGAACAGCAUGGAGGAACGGGAGCUUAACAGAAAGAGGCGACAGUUAGAGUACAAGGAGGGUCUCAAGGAAGCCCACUACCAGUCCGUCAAGAAACGACUAUGUGAUAACCUCAAAGAUCAUGUAUUAUACAAGCGAGCAUUGCGGAACAGUCUUAAGAAGAAGUCCAGGUCGGAAGUCGAUCUGCGGACAUCCGUUGACGUCGAUCAGAGCAAAGGGGGAACUGAUGGUGGUGAAGACGACGACGACGAUGAUGAGGGGAGUAUGUUUGGACGUUACUACGGACGGACCCACCCACGAUUUGCAGAAGCCAUGUUGGAUCUUGAAUAUAAGAUGAGACAUGGUGAGAAAGAAAAGACGAAAAAACUCCUGGAGAUAUCUAGGAAUGAAAGCGACAUCCUCAUCGAUCGUAAACUCACCACGGAUCAGAUCUUGAAAGCGAAUCAUCUGCCGCUGUCGGAGAGGUUAAGGGUUACAAAUACGGAGAAGUUCCAGUCCAUUAUCAACAGAACACGCGCCAUCUAUGUUUUGAACAAAAUGCGAAACAAGAUAGCAGAAAGGAAAGAAAAGGAGAAGGGACUACGGAUUCGCAAGAGUUCGAAGGGUGAAUUUUGUACAAAAAAUUCUAAGACGGAUAUUUCAUUGGAUACGGACUUACUGAUUGAAUAGACAUGACUACACAUGUAGAUAAUGAAUUAACUCAAUGACAAAUCCAGAGGGUAGAACAGUUUUUGAAGAAGAUUUGUAGCUAAAUUAUUAACUAUUUCUGGAACAUAUUACACACAAUUCUCCCGUUUUCAUCAUACCGUUAUUCACUUUAAAGCCAUUUUCCGUUUGUUUUGGUGAUUUUACCAAGUUAUUAAAUGUUUCUAUCAAUAAUAAUUGAAUGUUCUUGGCGAACCUGAACAUUACUCUUGGUUCAGACUUGGUAAUAUGUAACAGGAAAUAACAUAUACAAAUUCGCCUAAUAUAUAAAGGCAGUCACAAAAUUUAUUUAUCUUAACCAUUUCUUGUUAUACUUUAAUUUCAAUUGAGAGAAAAUAUACAGGUUAUCAGGAUAUCAGGAGAAAACUGACAACUCCCAAAUUCCUUCUGACAUGUUGGAACAGGCAAUAUUUGAAUAAUAUGGGAAUUGCACAGUAAACUAAUUAUUUUUGUCUUCAAAUUUGGCUACCAGGGUACUGUCAUUAAAUUGUAGUCCUUCUCCUUCUUCUUCAUCUUCUUCUUCUUUUAUUCUCCUCAUCCUCCUUCAUCUCCUUGUUCUUCUUUUUUUCUUCUUCUCCUUUUUAAAUCUUUUCCCUUUUCUUCGUCUUGUUAUCAUCAUUAAUAGAUCAUUUAUAUUAUUUGAAUCAUGUUUAUCCAAUAAGUCCAAAGUAUUUCAAAAGAAAAAAGUAUACAAGUACACACGUUUACAAGUAUUUCAUAUCCUUUUCUGGUUUAGAAAUAUCUUAGUCAAGGUGAUUAUAUGCAAAAACAUGUUUUGUGUAAUUUACUAGAGAAUAAAUUGAAAGUCUCUUAUCUUUAAACGAAUUUAUUUAUUUUUUAACCGAACAAUGUAGAGCAAAAAGAACAAAUGUUUUUUAAGUUGAUAUAAUUGAAGUAUACGGAGCAAAAUUUGUUUGAAUCGGGGUUUGAAGAUGAUGUAAGUUUUUUUUUGCUGUUUUGGAUUGUAGUUCAGUUCGCAAGAGUUACCUAUUUCAUAUUUGUUAUUUGCUUUCAACAUGUUCAAUACUGAAAAAAAACCUCAAAAUUGUAUCUCAUGAUAAUUUUCAAAUAAAAUACGCAGUAUACAUUUUAA